AUGGCGUGGCGAAGCUCUGGACAUUCGAAUGAGGGGCUGAUAGAUAAUCUGUUUAAGCAUGGGUUGAUUAAGAGCCCGAAGGUCAAGGAGGCUAUGAUGAAGGUCGAUCGAGCAAACUUCUGCCCCGACGCAACAUCAGCCUACGAAGACUCUCCCCAGCCCAUCGGCCACUCCGCAACCAUCUCAGCACCUCACAUGCACGCCAACGCCGUAGAAUCCCUUCUACCGUAUCUCCACGAGCGCGCCCGCAUCCUCGACAUCGGAUCGGGGUCUGGCUACCUAACUGCCGUAUUCGCCGAGCUCGCCUGCCCGGAGACGGGGAAGCCGGAAGUGCAGGCAGGGGAAAAGGCGAGGGUUGUGGGGUUGGAAAAUAUACCUGCGUUGAGGGAUCUGGGUGAGAUGAAUAUGGCGAAGACUCCAAGGGGGAGGAAGUUGUUGGAUAGUUCACAGGUGCAGUUUGUUGUGGGGGAUGGACGGAAGGGCUGGGGGGAUGAGAAGGGGUGGGAUGCUAUUCAUGUUGGUGCUGCGGCUAGUGAGUUGCAUCAGAAGUUGAUUGAUCAGUUGAGGAGUCCUGGACGAUUGUUCAUACCCGUCGAAGACCCGACUAGCAGGUGGGGCGAUCAACAUAUUUGGGUUGUUGAUAAAGAUGAGAAUGGAAAUGUUAAGAAGAAGCAGAUGUAUGGCGUGAGAUAUGUGCCUUUGACGGAUGCGCCACCUGGGACAGCAAAGGCUGAGGAUGCGGGAAUACCUUGA